AGUACUAUACAUAGUUUACAAAUAAUUAUUAUUUUAGAAUUGGAAUUAAGAUUACAGCUUGAUAUUUUAGCAACAAACAAACACACAUACUUACAAACUUUUGCAUUUAUUAUAUUAGUAAGAUAUAGUAGGAUCUGUGCUAAAGUUGUGAUAAUUUGUUUCUAUAUUUUUGUUACUACAUGUUGUUGCAGGUAAAACUUGUUAAUUAUUCAUUUAAAACAUUUUAUAAACCAUUAGUUAUUAUGUUCAUUUGGCCAACAAAAUUAAAACUAUCUCCUGAAACUAAAGUGGAAGUGACACCGUCCAUUAUAGAAGUAGCAGAUCGCCUAUUUGAGUCCGGAAAAUAUGAAGAAUGUUAUAAAAUUUUGUGUGGUUAUGAGAAACAGGAUGAUAUAGAAAUAAAAUGGCGUUUAUGCCGUGUUUUAUACAAUAUGGCAAAACUUUCAAAAUAUGAUCAACAGUACAAAUGCGAACUUAUAACAAAGGCUUAUAAUAUAAUUGCUAAUGAAUUAGAAACUCAUUGGGAUAAUUUUGCCGUGCAAAAGUGGUAUGCUUUGAUACUAGAUAUAAAAAGUUCCAAUGAUGGUUUAAAAAGGAGAAUUGAAGAACUGGGAAAUGUAAGAAAACACAUGGAAUUGGCUAUAAAAUUGAAUCCAAAUGAUGCAACGCUGCUGCAUAUGUUAGGCGAGUGGUGUUAUCAAAUCACAGAGGUGCCGUGGCAUCAGCGAAAAACCGCCGAAACAUUAUUUGCGGCAUUACCUCAUUCCACUUACGAAGAUGCUCUUGAAUAUUUUUUAAAGGCUGAGGAAGCACAACCAAGAUUCUAUAGUAUUAAUUUACUUAGAUUGGGAAGUUGUUAUCUAAAGUUAAAGAAAGAAGAUCAAGCCAAGUAUUAUUUAAAAUUAGCAGCAAGUUACCCAGCAAAAUCAAAUGAUGAUCAUCAUGCUAAUAAAGAAGCAACAGAAUUAUUAAAAAAAAUUAAAAGGAAAUAAAUUUUAGUCUAAUCUUAAUUAAUUAAAUCUAAUAAAGCUGUGUGUAGUACAGAAAAUAUAUU